AUGAAUGUUGUUUUCAGUUUGAUGGCCACGCCCACCAAGUGUAUUGAAACUGUUCUGCACUGCUGGCACAAAAACACGGCCGAUAAAGACCUCAGCGCCGAAAAAGAGCUAAACGUUUUUUGUGAACUACAUCGGGACAAAAUCCCCGAUUCAGAAAGGCCUGACAUCUCCGUGACAGCCAAGGUCUUUUUGUCAACAUAUGACCCAGAGGCCGUACGCCAGGCGAUUAACCGCACACUCGAUCGACUCGGUUUGACAGAUAUUGAGACUCUCAUCGUGUCGCUUGAUCCCGAAAUUUCAAAAGCUCCUCCUGCUGACGUAGAUCCCUGCAUGGAACUCCCCUCCGCAAAAAUCUCCAUUGGUACUGCCGAGAGCCUCCUAAAAGUGUGGCCAAUUCUCGAGGAAUUCGUCAAAUCAAACAAAGUCUUCCGUCUAGGAGUUUGUGACAUGUCAGCCGAAGAGAUGGAAUUACUCCUCUCCUCCGUUAAGAUUCCUCCGAAAGUGAACCAACUAUUUCUUGGAAGCACCUGUCGGCUUACCGACGAGCUGCAGAACUUUGCCAAGAUACAUGACGUUCAGUUGACUACUCAUCAAGACUCCUCAGAUAUUCUGCGCACGGACUGGCUAGUUUCCAUUAUAAGCAAAGAAUUCUCACCCGAUGAUGCAACUGGUUGGCGGCCGCUGUGGCUUGUACGAUAUUCAGAGACGUUCAAACAUCGUGGCGUGAUCCGCUCUAAGGGCUACACUCUCCUGGCCGAGAGGACGGCAGUGUAG